AUGGCGCGCACCAAGCAGACGGCAAGAAAGAGCACCGGGGGGAAAGCCCCCAGGAAGCAGUUGGCCACCAAGGCGGCCCGCAAGAGCGCACCGGCGACUGGCGGUGUCAAGAAACCCCAUCGGUACCGACCGGGAACCGUCGCCCUCCGUGAGAUUCGCCGCUACCAGAAGAGCACCGAACUGCUGAUCCGAAAGCUGCCAUUCCAGAGACUUGUGCGUGAAAUUGCACAGGAUUUCAAAACUGAACUGCGAUUCCAGAGUUCUGCCGUCAUGGCAUUGCAAGAAGCGAGCGAAGCUUACCUCGUCGGCCUCUUCGAAGACACCAACCUUUCUAUACACACAAACAUGUCUGGCCGUGGCAAAGGAGGAAAGGGACUAGGCAAAGGGGGUGCCAAGCGACACCGCAAGGUUCUCCGAGAUAACAUCCAGGGAAUCACUAAACCAGCCAUUCGUCGGCUGGCCCGCCGCGGAGGAGUCAAGCGUAUCUCCGGGCUCAUCUACGAAGAAACCCGCGGAGUCCUCAAGGUUUUCCUGGAGAACGUUAUCCGCGAUGCAGUCACCUACUGCGAGCACGCCAAGAGGAAGACUGUCACUGCAAUGGACGUGGUGUAUGCGCUGAAGAGACAGGGACGCACGCUGUACGGCUUCGGCGGCUAG